AUGGCCAACAUCAGCGCCCUAAUCCCGGAAUUGGACGCAGCCACGAUCCACACCCUGCUCGCAACCGCCGCCUCAAAGCACAGCGACAUUCACGCCCUCGUCACCGCCGCAAUCAACUCCAAGCAGCGCGCCGAGUCCGCGCGCGUGCUGAACUUCGACCACUACUCGCGCUCCGUGUGGCGGGAGAUAAACGUAACAUACAGCCGACUCGGCGGGUCAAAGCAGUACGACAAGGCAUUCGACGUCUACAACGAAGUCGUGGACACGAUCGACACCAUUGUGAAAUCCUGCGGGCCGCUGGCGAACCCGAGAACGCGAUUCAAUGGGCUCUCGGUAUUGCGCAAGAUCGGGAAAACGAUUUGCCUCUCUUCGAAUGAUGUUGUUGGGCAUGAGGUGCAGAAGAAUUUCCAGUGGAAUGAGAGUUUGGAGAAUGGCAUGUGUGAGAUUAUUGGCGCGAUGAGCGAUGAGGAGCGCAGGGUUAUCAGGGACGAUGUGAGUAGUGAGGAGGCGCUGUGGCCGAAGCUUGUGGAGCUCGAGGGCCUUGCGCAGAGUUACUGUGUUUUUCCAGAGUUUUCGCGGGUGUUGGAGGUUUUGACGGAGGGGUUGUAUGAUGAUGAUGAUGAUCAAGGUGAGGAGUGGAGCGAGGAGGAGGAUACUGAUGAGGCGGAGGAUGAGGAGAUUGCGCAUAUUCCGGGGCAGUUCUCCUGGCCUGAGAAGCCACUUUGGUGA